UGCAAAUGCUAUUAUGGCGUUGAGUAUAUAAAGCUAGAAUGUAGAAAACCAAGUGGUUCAGUCAGUGGUAAAACACCACGAUAAAAACAUACGUAAACAGCUAAAUUAAAAAUGAAGGUCCAAUUGGCCUUUGUGGUUUUAAUUGCAAUAAGCCAAUCAACAUGGGUAUUUUGUGAUAAAUCAAAAGAUGAUAAUAAUAAAAAUAUUGAAAAUAAAUCAGACACAUUAUCAGCUGAUUUAGAAGGACAAGGAAGCGAAAAAAAAACUGAAAAACGUGGACUUUAUGGUAGUUAUGGUGAUUUUGGAUCAAGUGGUGGUAGUGGUUAUGGUGGUGGUUGGGAAUCACAUGGACAUGAUGAACAUGUUAAAACUGUGACUAUUGAAAAAAAAGUACCAGUACCUGUUGAGGUCAUUAAAAAAGUACCUUAUAUUGUUGAAAAACAUGUACCAUAUGAGGUAAAAGUUGGUGUUCCAACACCAUACGUCGUUGAAAAGAAGGUACCAUAUCCAGUUACGGAGUAUGUUAAAGUACCAGUUCAUGUUCCCCAGCCUUACACUGUUGAAAAAAAGGUUCCAGUUCACAUCAAAGUACCUGUUGACAAACCAUAUGAAGUUAAAGUGCAUGUUCCUCAACCAUACUUUGUCGAAAAACAUGUACCAGUACAUGUUAAGGUUCCAGUUCCUCAACCAUACGUCGUUGAAAAGAAGGUACCAUAUCCAGUCAAGGUAAAAGUACCAGUUCCACAACCAUAUGAAGUUGAAAAACACGUUCCAUAUCCAGUUAAAGUACAUGUUGAUAAGCCAUACAUUGUUGAAAAAGAAGUUAAAGUACCAGUUGUCAAAGAAAUUCCAUAUCCAGUUAAAGUACCAUAUCCAGUACCAAUUAAACAUGAACAUCAUGAAAUUCAUGAACAUCAAGAACCACAAGAACAUGGUGGUUUUGAACCAUCAUAUGGACAAUCAUAUGGUGGUGGUGGUGGAGGUGGUAGCUUUGGAGAAUCUGGACAUUAUCAAUAAACUUUAGGCUUUUAAUUUCAUCAAAAAA